AUGAACACGAACGAAGCGAAAAAUGUUAUUUUAUUCCUCGGCGAUGGCAUGUCGAUACCGACGAUAACGGCAUCGAGAAUCUACAAAGGACAACUCAAUGGAAAAAGCGGAGAAGAUGAUUUUUUAAGUUUCGAAGAAUUUCCAUUUUUAGGUUUGGCAAAAACUUAUUGCGUCGAUAGUCAAGUCGCGGAUUCGGCAUGCACGUCUACGGCAUAUCUGGGAGGUGUAAAAGCCAACGAGGGAACCAUCGGCGUGUCGGCAAAAGUCAAAAGAAUGGAUUGCGAAUCCGCGAAUAACGUCACGAAUCACGUUUUAUCAAUCGCAACGUGGGCGCAAAAAGCAGGGAAAAGCACGGGAUUCGUAACGACGACGAGAGUGACUCACGCAUCUCCCGCAGGACUCUACGCGCACACGGCCGAAAGAGAAUGGGAAGAUGAUGUGGGAGUAGAAAAAUCUGGAAAAAAUGCAACCACGUGUCCGGACAUUGCUCAACAAUUGAUAUUCGACAAACCGGGAAUCGAUUUUAACGUUAUAAUGGGAGGGGGAAGAAGGAGUUUUUACCCGCAGGAAAUCGUCGAUGCGACGGGAAUAAAAGGGAAAAGACGAGAUGGUAAAAAUUUAAUAGAAUCCUGGGAAAAAGAUAAGAUAAAAAGACAAGCGAGUUACGCAUACAUAACGACGAGAAAUCAUUUGCUCACGUUGAAUCCGCUCCCCGAAUACCUUUUGGGACUUUUUUCACCGAGUCACAUGGAUUUUCAUUUGGAUGCAAAAUUAUCGGAGCCACUCCUCGAAGAAAUGACGUCGGCCGCCAUUAAAAUACUGCAAAAAAAUAAAAAUGGUUUUUUUUUAUUCGUCGAAGGAGGGAAAAUCGAUUUGGCACAUCACGAUAAUUUAGCACAAAAAUCACUGGACGAAACGGUUGAAUUUUCAAAAGCUGUGUCGGCUGCUGUGAGAUUAACCGAUGAAGAUGACACUCUCAUAUUGGUGACCGCCGAUCACGCUCACGUCAUGUCAAUGAGCGGAUAUUCUAAAAAAGGAAAUAAUAUAUUCGGUUUUGCUGGAGAAGGUAUGGACGGAUUACAAUAUCCGACGCUGAGCUAUGCAAACGGUCCAGGCUACUGGAAAACGGAUUUGAAUGGGAAAAGAUUAGACAUAAAAAAAUUUAAUACGGAUGGCAUUUCGUUUAGAUUUCCCGCUAUGGUUCCCCUACCGAAAGAAACACACGGUGGAGAUGAUGUUGCAGUUUUUGCAAGAGGACCCUGGUCUCACUUAUUUUCUGGAACAUUCGAACAAAAUUUCAUACCACACGCACUCGGGUACGCAAGUUGUACCGGUAAAGGACUUACAGUAUGUCAUAAAAGAGCUUGGGAACAAAAAAGUUUACUAUUAAAAUAA